CAACAUCACAACAGAGUUAGUAAACCACAACAUGCUGCCUGACCCGGCUCUUUCUAUCACUAUACCUAGCGUGCACGACGACGCCACACUUGAAUGCCGCAUCUACCAUCCUCAAUCUCUAACUGCAAACCCUCGAGCCCCACCCUGGCGCAAGCAUGCCGCUGUGCUGGCUCACCCCUACGCGCCCUUGGGAGGCUGCUUUGAUGACCCGGUCGUUGAGACCUUAGCAGCAACUCUCCUGAGGCAGGGCUUUCUUGUCGGCACCUUCAACUUCCGCGGCGCAGGCAACUCGAGCGGGAGGACCAGUUGGACAUCCAAGGCCGAGAGGAGUGAUUACAUGUCUUUUCUGGGAUUUGUCUACUACUACGUGCACUAUCUGGACCCUUUCCCACGAGGGCAGCCUUCCGUGAGCUCUUCUGACCUGCCGCUGUCCCCCACGACCAAUGAGGCUGCCACACACGACGUUUCAGAACCAGAGCGUGCCGUCGACUGUCACGUUCUCCUCCAGUGUGGCUACUCCUACGGAGCAAUGAUAACGAAGCUCUUACCGCCACUGGAGUCCGUGUUGGAGCUGUUUGUUGCUCCCAAGAAUGCUUCAGCAGCAGCAGACAUACGCCUGCGGGCCCAACACCUCGCCGAACAGCAGAAUGUCAUCCUCGGCAGUGCACGUGCGGCUCUGAUGGAACCAGCCAGUCCAAUGUCGCCCCGGAGGGCAACCCCCGGUCUGCGGAUAGGGGGCGAUGAGGACAAGAGGCGGAGCCAAGACCACGGGGGAAGAAGGAGCUUCGCCAUGGACGCGGAGGAGAAGGUGCGGGCCGGCGUGGCAGAGCUCAUGAAGAAAACAAAGACGCAUCAACGUCACAGCCACCGCAGGAAGGGUAGCCACCCGAAGGAGGCGGAAGUACCAGCCACCAGCAGCGGAAAAGAAGCAGACAAGGGGAAGGAAGAGGACCACCUGCCAGCUGUCGCCGGACUGCCGUCCCCGAUGGUUGCCUACCUACUGGUAUCUCCUCCGGUGGGGUGGGCCACCAGCCUGAUGACCCUGAACCUGGGCAACCCCGUGUCGGGCCUCUUUGGGAAGCACGCCCGGCCCAAGAGCAAGGACAGAGAGGGGGACGCCGCUUCACCGAGCCCGGCCGAGUCCAAGCAGGAGAGGCAGAAACUGGUCGACCACCCGACUCUGGCCAUCUACGGAGACUCGGAUGUGUUUGUGGCCGUAAAAAGAUUCCGGGACUGGGCGGCUAGGCUUCAGUCAACCCCCGGGUCUCGGUUCAGGGCCCAUGAGAUCUCGACAGCCGGGCACUUCUACAUCGAGGAGGGAACCAUGCAGCGGCUCGCCGAUGCUGUGAGGGCGUUCUCUGGUGAGCUGCUGGUGCAGGCGCAGGAGCCGGCGUGACUGCAACUACUCCUUUUACGCGUUAUCAUUGUGUCGCUGUCGAUGUUGUCGUCACCGUCGCUGUCUGGGUUGCAACAAUGGAUGUUAUUGGUUGUGGGUUUUUGCUGUUGAUGCGUUAGAGUUACGAUACCCUAGGAUAAAAGCGUACUGUCACUUGAGCAUAUUGAUUAUCCGAGAACAUGGC